AUGUUUCCCAGCAGAAGCACUGCAAUCGUCUACUUUCAAGGUAGUGUGCCUCUACACUGUCCCACUGCUGAGCGAAGUCACAGACACAAUGAAAGAUUGGGUGGUGACCGGAGUGUGUGUGUGCUUGCGACACAAAGUCCUGCAGGGCUUGUAACAGGAGGCAUCAUGAUUCUUGGAGAUGUGUUGCUUGCAUACGGGGCUCACGCUUGGAACACAGGGAUCAAGAUCACGGGGUCUAUCGGAAAGAUAUGCCCACCUGUGGUAUCUCUGCAAGCCCUGGUCUUUACAGCUAUCACCUUUAUUUGGUGUUUGCAGCUACUGCUGGGGACGAUCACGAUGGUGGCAGCAUUCCUGGGCUGGGUAGGGGUUUUCCUGCUGGUCUUGGCCGUCACUCUGCUUUCCCAAGGCGAAGGCCUUGCCUUCAAAGGCAUUGCCUUCCUUUGCUGUCUGCCGCUACUGUUUUACGCGGUGAAACUAGUAGCGGGUGAUAUGGGCUGCAUAGGCAUUUUAACUAUGGUGGUCUUGGCUGCCGCUCUGCUUGGCUAUGUUCUCGGCAAGGUUCACGUUUCGGAAUAUCUUCUGGCAUUCGGCGGCUUCCUGAACUCGCUGCUUGCGAAGAUACAGGUUCUCCCUGCACUAGUCUGGGCAACGCGUGGAUUUGGUCCCUGGCUCGUUCAACAGUGGAUCUUGUUGGUGACUGAUGCGGGUUGCCUGGCGGUUGUGUCCAGUUACACGAUCGUGUACUCCUAUUGGCUGGUCACGUAUUUUCCAGAGACCUGCAACGAGCUGAAGAGGUCAUACCGGCCCAUCAUCUCCUUGCGACGACCGGCAGACCCCCCUGCAACCACUGAUGCGGAAACAUUUUUCGAAUGGUUGAGCAGGAAGUGCUCGAACAUGUUCGCAGGACUCUGUGUGGACUUCCUGAGCUCUGCCCGCUUUCUGAUCGCGGUUGGAGAAGAUUUUCCGCAAGGGCUACUCGGUGCCAUCGUCAGCUACAGGUACGGACAUGGCUUGGGCUUCGCUGGUGUAAGUGCUGUGUGGAGCUUCAUGAAAGGCAUCCUGAUUGCAAUCGGCCAGAUUGUGAUUUACAGCAACAGGUCUCAGGCAGCCGAGUGGGCAAUUGCCAAUAUGCCUGAGAUUUUUUCCGCACGCCUCUUCAUGGAAGCCGAGCAGAAAGCACGACCGUUGUCAGAAGUCGAGCAGCAACUCAAGGACAUGGUUCUGAUGUGUGAUGUCAUCGGCGAGGAGGUGUUUGCAGGCCUGCAUUUGCGACGCGGCGUGGAGUUGUUUGACAGCCUUUUCGACCGCCUGGACAACUGGAUCCUAGACAUGAAAUCAACAGGAGAUGGCGAUCGGACCUUUAAGGACUUGGUCAUCGUGAGCCUGCUAAGACGCUACAGGGAGCAUGAUGUUCCCAUCAAGUCGAUCAAGGAAUUGGGCUUCAGCCGGCAAAGUUACCUGCAGGUUUACACUAUGCCGGACUUCAUGAAAGAAGGCGUUGUUCUAACACCCGCAGAUGCAGAGAAAGAGGGCUUCACCAUCUCUCACGACAUUGAAAAAGGUGGCACAGUCUUGAAGGACUGGUUCGCACGUGAUGAUCUGCGAAAAUACGGAUGCACCCUGGAGCAGUACCUGGAAUCGGGUUGCAGCAUGACGGCCCAGAACGCCCGGGAAGGUGGGUUUUCUGCAGUGGAAUGCUACGCAGCAGGCCUGGUGCUCACUGUCAAAGACUGUUGCGAAGCAGGUUUUGCUCUGAAAGACAUUGUCAGCCUGUAUACGGGAACAGAGCACUGGCGCCCCGGGCUUCUCUGGUGUUUUCCGGCCGUCUCGACCUUGUCCUCCGCACCUCAACUUCUGUCGGUCGAAGACGUCUUGAAGGCAUGUAAGGAAGCCGGGUAUCAGUAUUCUGCCGCGGACUUGAAUCAAGCAAGCUUGCCAGUAAAGCAUUGCAAGGAGGCUGGCUUUUCAUUGAAGGAUUGUCUAAGUCAUGGAUAUUUGUUCCAGCAGUGUGGGCGGGAUGCCUACUCCGCACAAGACUUUAGGGACGAAGGCUUCUCAGCGAAAGACUGCGGGCAGGCCGGCCUGUCUUUGAAGGACAUGCAGCAAGCUGGCUUUGGCCUUGUGGAGGUCUACGAUAAAGGCCAGGAACAUCACGAACAUUCACUGGCACAGUGUCGCCAGGUUGGCUACUCUGCAAGCGAUUGUCGGAAGGCGCAGGUCUCAGCGAAAGACUGCUUAGCCGCCGGCUUUUCUCUGGAAGACCUUCUUGAAGCAGGCUUUUCAGAGGAAGCCCGCAGCAUUGUGAAGUCUGAUUUGAGCGCAAGCACGUGCCAGCAGAGACGCAUCUCCCCGACGUUCUGCAGGGAAGCUGGUUUUCCCUUGCAGGAGUGCAGAGAAGCUGGCUACUCACCUGGAGAUUGCAAGGCUGCCGGCUAUUCUGCAAGCGAGUUUCAGAAAGCAGGCUUCUCAGUGAGAGAUUGCAUCGAGGCCGGCUUUUCUUUGCAGCAGGUCCAGCAAAGCGGUUUUCCAUUGAAGGCCUGCGCAGAUCAAGGUUUUUCUGUGGAUCAGUGCCGGCAGUCUGGGUAUUCCGCAACCGAUUGCAAGAAGGAAGGUCUCUCGCCGAAGGACUGUGUUGAAGCGGGCUAUUCUCUGUUGGAUUGCAGCGAGGCUGGCUUUUCGUUGAAGGAUUGCCAUGAUCAUGGAUACUCGUUGCAGCAGUGUCUGCAGUCUGGUGGCUACUCUGCCAAAGACUUUAAGAAAGGAGGCUUCUCAGUUAAAGACUGCGUGCAGGUGGGCUUGUCUCUGCUGGAGAUUCGAGAGGCCAAGUUUACACUCAAGGAAUGCAAGCAGCAGGGGUUUUCAUAUGAGGAUUGCAAAGAGGCCGGUUUCUCUGCACUGGAUUUCAGGCGGUCCGGGUAUUCUGCCUCAACUUGCAAGCGUGUCGGAUUCUCAAUGAAGGACUGCAAGAAAGGAAAGUUUACCCUGAAGGAGUGUGCCGUAGCUGGCUACCAGGCAGUGCAAGAAUGCAAGUCGGCAGGCUAUAGUGCAGCCGACUGUAGGAAUGCAGGCUGGUCUGUGGAAGACUGCGCCAAGGCCGGGUUCUCUGUGUUGGAAGGCAGGAGAGCUGGAUAUGCCGGCGAUUUUUCUGUCUUAGAGUGCUCGAAGGCGGGCUUUUCUUUGUCGGAUUGUAUUGCAGCUGGAUAUUCUGCAGCUCAAUUUCGCGAGUCUGGCAUUUCACUGAAAGGUUGCGUGCUUGCCGGCUUCUCCUUAUUUGAAUGCAAGACUGCCGGAUAUACGGCACAGGAUUUCAUGAAGGCUGGUUAUUCUGUCAUGGCUUGGCACUAUGCAAGGAUCUAUAAACACACAGCGCAGGAACGCGCAAAAAGCGCUGCCAAUUCUUGA